AGAGUCUGUCCCGGUCUUGGUCAUCUAUGAAAUCGGGAAGGAAAACAGAAAAAAGGAUGAGAGAAGAACCUCUUUCUGUUUCCUUCACUUUUUGAAGCAGAAAAGCACAACUCCUUUUCUGCCCUCUCACGUGCACCAUAUCUCUAGAGCACUUCACAUUAUUUUAAGCUACACCCUCUCUCUCAAAAGUUCAAGAAUAGGGUUCUGCUAUAAAAUGAUUGUUGUCUUUGAAUUGGAACCGAUAACAGUGUUGGGUUAUCAACUCAAGUCCAUUUGAAGGGGAAGGAAAGGAAAUAAGUUUUACAGUUGGAUAAAAAUGGCUUUAGAAGCUCUUUCUUCCAAUGAGCUUUUUAACUUCAUAGUCUACGACACCAUCUCUGCAGCACCAUAUAGCAGCCAUGACUCUUCAGAGACCAGUUUUUUAUUAGAGAAUGCAAUGCCACCUCAAAACCAAGGUGCUAUUUUGGAGAACUCUUCAUUGAUGACCCAAAAGCGCCACUGUGGUAGGUCACAAGUUGUAGAACGGAGGCAGAAUUUGGCGGUUCAAGGGAGGAAGAAGAGGAGGAGAAAGCCAAGGGUGUGCAAGAACAAGGAAGAAGCUGAGACACAAAGGAUGACGCACAUCGCUGUUGAAAGAAACCGCAGGAAACAGAUGAAUGAGCACCUCUCCGUCUUGCGCUCCCUCAUGCCUGAAUCCUAUGCCCAAAGGGGUGACCAGGCCUCCAUAGUAGGAGGUGCUAUAGAAUUUGUGAAGGAACUUGAGCAUCUCUUGCAGUCACUCGAAGUUCAGAAACUCCAACUUCCGCAACCAGGAGUGGGAGCAUUAAUCGACGAAGAUGCCACAACCUGCAAAUUCCGGCAACCGCCAUUUUCACAGUUUUUUGUGUAUCCACAGUACACGUGGUCGCAGAUCCCUAACAAGUAUACAACGAAAACUGAGGAUGCCAUAGCUGAUAUCGAGGUGAGUUUGAUCGAAACCCAUGCAAACCUUAGAAUCCUGACGCGACGAAACCCUAGACAGCUUUCAAAGUUGGUUGCCGGGUUUCAGACACUUCGCCUGUCCAUCCUUCACCUCAAUGUGACCACUAUGGACCCCUUGGUCCUCUACUCUAUCAGUGCCAAGGUUGAAGAAGGAUGCCAACUCACUUCAGUAGAUGACAUAGCAGGAGCAGUUCACCACAUGCUUAGAAUAAUUGAGGGCGAAGCUGUCUUAUAUUGAACCAGACCUUGGAGUUGAGGUGGAACUACUGGAAUGCCACACCCUCUUUUUGCUAGCAGCUUUCUGCAUUAAAUUAGCUUAAUUCUCCUCCCUUAGUACUGUACAACUUGUUAGAGUAUAUUUUCCAACAAAAUUCACCAAAAAAAAAAUAUGAGGAAAUUCGGACCUAUGUUUAUAUGUAUUACUGUACGCAUGAUAUGAUCACUAAUUCAUAGGCAUGCAAGCUGGUUGUUUGCUAA